UCGGUUCUCCCCCCCGGCUGUCACCGCGGGCGGAGGACCCGCGGCGGGGAGCAGCCCGCACCCACUCCGGGUCGCGCCCGCGGUGAUUUCCCCCGAAAAGCGAGCGGGUCCCUCGGCAGCGCCGCUGCCAAUCAGCCUUUGGCAUCUAAAGUUUCAUCUGCGUUCGCGAAACGGCUGUUGAGAGCCAGGGAGGUGCACGGCUGCUGUCCUCUCGUUAUCCCGCGGCCGGGCUGAGCGCAGCGCCCGGAGGCACGGCGGUGGCAGGCGGUGUGACAUGCCCGGCGGCUGCACCCACGCGAGAGGCGCCGUACCGACCUGGGAUCCGAACUGCGGCAUGAAAUCGUGCUAGAACAACCACUGAGCUAUAAAUUGAACAGAAGAUAAUUUCUGCUUGUGGUGAAAAAGAAAGGUGAACAACCUCCAUGGAAGACUCUCAGGAUCUAAGUGAACAGUCAGUAAAGAAAACGUGUACAGAAUCAGAUGUGUCAGAGCCUCCGAACGCCAGGUCUAUGGAAAUGCAAGAUCUAGCAAGUCCUCAUAAUCUUGUUGGAAGCAGUGAUGCACCGGGUAGCUCUAAACUGGAUAAGCCUAAUCUCAGUAGUACAUCAGUUACAACAAAUGGAACAGGAGUGUCUCUUCUUGCAGUCAAAACAGAGCCCAUGAACAGCAAUGAAACAACAACAACAACUGGAGAUGGAUCGCUUGACACUUUUACUGGGUCAGUAAUAACAAGUAGUGGCUAUAGCCCAAGAUCAGCGCAUCAGUACUCUCCGCAGAUAUAUCCCUCCAAGCCCUAUCCACACAUUCUUUCUACACCAGCAGCUCAAACAAUGUCUGCCUAUGCCGGACAAACCCAGUAUUCAGGAAUGCAGCAACCAGCAGUCUAUACAGCCUACUCACAGACAGGACAGCCAUACAGCCUACCUACUUACGAUUUGGGUGUAAUGUUGCCAGGCAUCAAGACGGAAAGUGGGCUGUCCCAGACACAGUCACCACUGCAGAGUGGGUGCCUCAGUUACAGUCCAGGGUUUUCCACCCCACAGCCAGGCCAAACACCGUAUUCUUAUCAGAUGCCAGGUUCUAGUUUUACACCAUCGUCCACUAUUUAUGCAAACAAUUCUGUUUCAAAUUCUACGAACUUCAGUAGUUCACAACAGGAUUAUCCAUCAUACACAGCUUUUGGCCAAAACCAGUAUGCACAGUAUUACUCAGCAUCAACAUAUGGUGCAUAUAUGACCUCAAACAACACAACCGAUGGCACUUCAUCAUCAUCAUCAACCUACCAGUUACAGGAAUCUCUUCCUGGCCUGACUAGUCAACCAGGUACAGAUCUACAUUCAGGGGAGUUUGACACAGUACAGAGCCCCUCCACGCCAAUCAAAGAUCUUGAUGAGAGAACAUGUAGGAGUUCUGGGUCAAAGUCUCGGGGUAGAGGGCGGAAGAAUAAUCCAUCACCCCCUCCGGACAGUGACUUGGAGCGUGUAUUUGUUUGGGACUUGGAUGAAACAAUCAUAGUUUUUCAUUCGCUGCUUACAGGAUCCUAUGCACAAAAGUAUGGCAAGGAUCCACCAAUGGCAGUGACCCUUGGACUGCGAAUGGAAGAAAUGAUUUUUAAUCUUGCUGAUACACAUUUAUUUUUUAAUGAUUUAGAGGAAUGUGAUCAAGUUCACAUAGAUGAUGUUUCUUCUGAUGAUAAUGGACAAGACCUAAGUACCUACAGUUUUGCAACUGAUGGCUUCCAUGCAGCUGCAAGUAGUGCAAACCUUUGUCUGCCAACAGGUGUAAGAGGAGGGGUUGACUGGAUGAGGAAGCUGGCUUUCCGUUACAGAAGAGUAAAAGAGUUGUAUAAUACUUACAAGAACAACAUAGGAGGACUCCUAGGUCCUGCAAAAAGAGAUGCAUGGUUGCAAUUAAGAGCAGAGAUUGAAGCUCUGACAGACUCCUGGCUAACAAAUGCACUUAAAUCCUUAUCAAUUAUCAGCACAAGGAGUAACUGUGUGAAUGUGUUGGUAACAACAACCCAGCUUAUCCCAGCACUUGCAAAAGUCUUGCUAUACAGCUUAGGAGGAGCUUUUCCUAUUGAAAAUAUUUACAGUGCAACUAAAAUAGGAAAAGAAAGUUGCUUUGAACGAAUUAUGCAAAGGUUUGGCAGAAAAGUAGUAUAUGUUGUAAUUGGGGAUGGUGUAGAAGAAGAACAGGCAGCAAAAAAGCACAACAUGCCUUUCUGGAGGAUAUCCAGUCAUUCGGACCUCUUGGCUCUCCAUCAAGCACUGGAACUAGAGUAUUUGUAACUGUGUUGUAAAGUUGGCGAUCCUUUUUUUUUUUAUAUAUAUAUUUCAAGUACACUGAAUUUUUAUGUGUGAUAUAAUGCCUCUGGCUUUACACAUAUGAAUUGUCUUAAGAAGGGAAGAAAUACUUGGAAUUAAAAAUUCCAAAUUGAAGAAUUCAGAUUGCUGAAUGGAGUUAAAACAUUAGUGCUACAUAAGGAAGCUCUAUGAUCUUAUAUAUGCAACGUUUUUAAAUGGAUUAAAACUGUGGAGGUUGCUGGUACACACCAAAUGAGCUCUGACAGGAGUGAAGAAAGGACUCGAACUGGCAAAGCACCAACAUGCGUUUUCCAACCGACAAGGUGGUGUUCAACAACAUUCCUCAAAAUGGGAUAUAUUCUCAGCACUGAGGUUUGAACCAGACUUAAGCCUACCUAACCCAGAAAAUCUGAAUUGGAAUGCACUCAGACUGUAUAAUGACAAUCCUGUCUAGACCUGUAAUUUGUGUAAAUUAUUGAUGAAAAUAACUUACUGUGACUUUAUUAGCAGCUGAUUUUGGAAGUGGAUGCAAUUUUUCUUUCUUUUUGGGGGGACAGGGGAGGGAGAGGGUUAUAUAAUAUUGUCUCUUUUAUAAGUUUGGCAAACAGAAUGUGCAUAAUGAUAUGUUGUGCCUUAAGGGGAAGACUGUGUUUGUGUGUUAUAAUGUAACUUUGGUUAAAAACUAUGUAGAUAAACAAAACAAGAAAAAAAAAGCUUUUGUGAUAAUUUUUGACAUGACCAAAAUUGAAAUUCAGAGAAAUCAAAGAGAAGGGCUGCACCAAAGCAUUUAAGGUUUUGUUGCAGUAAGAAAAAAAUAAUAAAGGAAAGUUUGUGUUUUUAUUUGGAUUCUCAAUAAUUCCACUGACUGAGGACAGUUGAGAGUAUGUUGGGAGGUUGAUAGUGGGGACCGCUACCUUGAAAGCAAAAAAAGAGGAGUUUAACACCUUCAACAUCAUUUCUUGAUUCUCUGAUGAGAGAACUAAGAGCCAUUUUCAUGAAUUACUUAGCCCACUGAAAACCAUGCAGUGAGCGUAUUUGCUACAAAUUCCCAGCCAGUAGAUGAAAUAUCUGGAGUGCACCAAUGGCAUUACUGGAAGGUGAACAUGUUGUAUUAAGCACAGAUGGAGGAUAAAAUAUUGGUUCUUGAGAAAGAAGAGAAUUAUAAAGAAUGUCUUACUGGUCAGAUGCACAAAUUAUUCUACAUUCAGCAUAUCUAGGAUCAACUUCGGCAGCUGGAAUUGCUGGCAAGAUGGCAUUGGCACUCUCAGGAGUACAGCCCAUUUUGGUAAAUAUUUUGGUAUAUUUUGGUAGCUUUUCCAUUCUGUUCCUCAUGCAGGUGUCUACUGUUUUGAGUCAGCUUUGUCUUUCUUCACCUAAUUUUGAUUACAAAAGAUUAAUAUACAGGAGCAACCAUAAGGGUCUUUGAAUUCACAUAUUUCCACAGCAUGUCAGGCAUCUGAGGAGAGGAUAAGGAGGGGAUUUUGAUGAAGAAGUAUUGAGAAAUAUGUUACCUUUAGUCAUGUAUAUUAAUAAUUUUGGUCCAUAUGGUGAUAAUUACCUUGCAAGUACUGAACAUGCUGUCUUUCAGCUCUGGAAAAUGAGCAAGGUCCAUAUUCAGCACAGGAUCCCCAGUAACCUACAUGCAGCUUAAGCACUCUGAAGCAACUGGAGUGGUUCAUCUCUCAUUGCAGAAGAUGGAAACUGCUUCUUAAUUUUUAUUACUCUGUGUGGAGAUGCCUGAGGUUGCCUGUGCUCUGACUGUGUGAAGAAGUGUGAACAAGAGAUAUUAAAUGUAAACUCCAAUUAUGCUUACAGAAGAACAGCAGUCAGCACUGAGCUGAAGUUCUUCAUCUCUGAUUUGAAGCCAGUGUAUGCCUAGUUACCAGGUAGUAAGCAAAUUUAAUCUUUGUUGAUAUAUUACAUGAAAGUUAUUUGGUAGGUGAAAGCCUGGAGCCACUAAAAAAACAAGGCAAAAUUCCUUUGUAACUUCAUGAAAAUGGAAUUUCUUUGCUGCUUUGGAAUUGGGUAUACAAGUCACUGGAAAAGAAAAAUAAUUUUUUGUUGUCACUAGAAAGUGUGAAGCCAUCACAUAAGAAUAACCACAUAAGAAAUCACUGUGCACCAGCUACUUAGAUAAAUCUGUGUAUCCAACAAGUAAAAAUGAUGUACAAGCUUAAUUAUAUUUACAGAAUUUGUCUAGUCAAAUUUGCUUAGAAGUACAUUUUCAUAAGACCUGUGGUGCCAGUUUUUCAUAGUCUUCAAGUGAGAAAUAAGUGUUUCUACUAGAAUAGCAAAAAGGUUGAACAAAGCCCUUCUCAAAUUCCAGCACCAUAACAUUGUGUGAGAAUGUCAACAUAAAAGUUUUUAUGAAAAAAACUUGUAUAAUGAAGUAGCUUAUUUUUCUUUUUUUUUUUUUUAACAAGUGAUAGCAUUAUUUAAAUGCAUGAAACAAUUUUAUUUCUCUUUUUUUCUUGCUUUUCAGUGCUCUUUACCAAAACAGAUGUUAGAACAAACAAUAGCCCAGCAACAACCAUCAGUUCUUAAAAAGGUUUGCAGCGGAGUUGUUCUUAACUAUCUGACAAGUCUGGCUCAAUUAAUAUACUGGACUUUCAGAGAGGAGGUGGAGGCAAAAGGAGGGAAGUUUUGCAGAACAUGACAAACUUCUGAUUAUAACUUGAAUUCUGUGUCCUAAGCCAGCAAAAGUUAAUCAUAAAAAUAUUCCACAAAAACGCACAAAAAAACCCCACCAAAGAUUUAUCUCAAAAACCUUCACAAUCCUAAAACUCUGAAGUAAAAUUGCAGAGCACAAAUACUGUCUUGCUAAGCAAAAAUUGUUACAUAUCUUUUAAUAAGACUGUGUUGUACAUGCCUGUCUUGUAGAAAGAAAUGACUGCGAUAAAUUUUCCUGCAUGAACAAUAGAGAGGAGAAAAUUACCAAGGCAGAGAUGUAGUCAAGACAGACUGUUCCAGAUGGGAUUAAGCUGAAGGUUGGUCAUUUUGACAUUGAGUGCAUUUUAAUUCAACAACGUAUUAAUCAGAAACUGCCUUCCCUUCAGCCUCUCCUGAACUAUCACAAUUGAGCACAAUGUCAUGUUUGCAAGUAUUUUGUGCAAAUGACGUAUAGAAUAUAAUGCCUUUGCUGAUACUCUAGCAGUUUUCAGUCAGUACAGAACUUGAAAAUUCAUUAGGCAUUUGAAUACUCAGCUUACAGAAUACAAUACUGUGAUUGCAGUCACAAAUUAGUAACUUAAAUAGAUAUAACUCCAUGCAGCUCAGCCUAUCAGUGAAAAAGGAAGCAAAAGCUAAAAACGAUGAUUCUUUUUAGAUGCCUGUGGAGAUAGCACACAAAGACAUAGGUGGCAGCUAGCUCUCAGUUAAUGAUUUCAUUAAAAGCCAGUGUGAGCAGCAGUGUUUGCAUCCACAGUAGAUGCAGAGUAUGUUCCAGUGUAAGCACUGACAAGAGAGAUGAAGCCAAAUCAAAAUCCUUUAUACAGGCGCACUUCGUCUCAGAGCAGAUGAAAUCCUGCAUCCAAUGAAACUGCAGAGUUUGUGGAGAAUGUGGGCUUGGCCCACAAUAGGAAACCUGAAUUUUAGCUGUGAGUUUAUGUCCAGAUCCAGGGUUUUGGUUCAAAAGUCAUCUCUACUUUACAGGAGUGAUACCAAGCAUAUGCUUGAAAUGAAUAUGGUAUUUAGUAACUUUGAAGAGGAGCUGAAAUGACACGAGCCAAAUCCCAGCAAUAGCAGCAUUUUUGAGAUAAAACUGAAGCCAAGGGUGUCUGUUAUGUAUUAGCAGAUUAUAGUUUAUUGGGGCCUACAUAAUUUAAGAAAAUGUAAAUUAAAAUUAAAAGCUUGUAAAAUUAUGUACAUCUU